GCGUGCAUGAUUGGAAAUGUUUUUCUUGCCGUUGUCAUUUUCCGUAGCAGUGCGAAAAAAUAUUCCGUAAUUUCCGUGCUACGGAAAGAAAGUUUUUAAGUGAUCUAAGUGAAUGUAAAGUGAACAACUUACUUGCUUACUCCUAUCAUAAAGCAAUACGCCCACAAUGCUACAAGCAUGAGUCGCUAGCCGAUAGUUAUCGCAUUCCCAAUUGCUCCGACCGCCGAUGCAUGCUGGCAGCAAUCUGUUGUGACACCCAGAGUUAGUUCUUUACCGUAUAGUGAAAGCUGCCCAGCAUAGAUGGAAGCAAUGGAAGCAGAAAACUCCAACAAAUACCAGAAACUAGCCACCGAAUACUCAAAACUCCGUGCCCAAGCGAGCGUGCUGAAGCGGGCCGUUCUCGAUGAACAGAACAAAAACUCUUCCCUGCGGGAAUCUUUACGUCUGAAAGAGGCGACACUGCGAAAAUCGGAACAGGAAGUGGACAGUUUGGGGUUCCGCAACAAGCAACUCGAACGGCGUGUUGCAGCAUUGCAGGAAAAUCUCGAGCACGAGCUGAAGAAAGUGUCAGGUGGCAAAACGCUAAAAACGAAAUCAUCCAACAACGACCUCAACGCUGUCGCGGGCACGGAAACAACGGGCGUGAUCGCGGAAGAGCUGCAGAAAAAGAUUCUCGAAAAUGCACAGCUAUCAAACAGCGUUGAAGAUAAGAGCGCAGAGGUAAAGCAGUUACAAAAUCGCAUCGAAAGCCUCAACCGGGAGCUGCAGCAGCAGGCGACGGUGGAGCAAAAGCUGCGGAAAGAGCUCGAACUACUUACCGUACGGAACUCGGAGCUUGAAUCUAAGGUUUCGGAAGCAGCAAGCACGAUUGGAAGUGAAGAUGGUUUGAGUGUUACGACGGAUGUGGAAAACCAUUUCAACCAUUUCACGGCCAGCUCGAACAGUGCGUCCCAGGUGCAGAACAAUGGCACCGUCAACACCACCAAUAACAACAACAACAACACCACGGCUGGAACUCAGGACGAUCGGGUUGUGUUUCUCGAAAAGGAGCUGAACCAUUGGCGGGCCCAGUACGAGCUGCUGAAGAUAGAAACCUCUAGUCACAUACGAAUAGUGCCAAAAGUAGCCGAGCAAAAGGAAGACAUUUUCAGUCAUGGGGCAGAUGGCAUCAAUAGAACGCUGGAGGACAAUCAACAGCAAAACGAAGUGCAAACACGAGAACAAAAGCUGACAGAGUGUUUUACGAAAAGCAUCGAAGAAUUGUUCCAUGACAAAUGUCGGGCUGAAUCGAAACUUGCUUCACAUUUCAUUGAAUGUCAAAGACUGCAGACCCAUUUGGAUGUUUUAAAGAGUCGUCUAAAAGACCGGGAAGAGGCCAACAGAGAAGAGGAGCGUCGUUACCGUAUCAUCGAAGAUGAAUUGUCCCGCACGCGGCUCAACUACGAGGAACAAAUCAGUGUCCUGACCGAGCAAGUGAUAAGCCUAAGUGAUCAGUUAGCCAAGGCCAAGUAGUGUCCCGAAAGCGGGCAAAUCGAACGCACUCAGUCGUCUUUCCACUUUGUGUUGUAGCAACACACCCGAAGAGUUGUAUCCAGUUCGCGGCGUGUGCUUCUCCCUGAAAUGUGAAUAUCAUUCUAUACUCCUUCCGGUGCUAGAAGGAAAGUCGCAUAUACUCAAGUGUGUGUGUGCGCGCGCAUUAUGCAAUAAGCUAGUAACGGCAACCCUGUCGAAACGUUUACUGGAUGUGUAAUAAAUUCUUAUAAAACAAAAUAAGUUACUACUGAUGUGCUUAUCAAA